GUUGAGCAACUGCACCGACAACACGGACGCUGAGGACUUUACUCACGUUUCCACAGCGGCACCUUUCAGAAAAAUGUGGUUUUUACGUUAUUUUUUCUCCACCCUUUCCUCUGAUAGAGCAUUUAUUUGCAGGAAAGCCCCGAGGAUGAACUUUAUUUAGGACGCAUCGCUGCUUCUGCAGGUGAUCUGAGGUCCAGCGGCUGCUUCUUCUUCUUCAGCAGAUUAGCGCUCAUCACUUCUGUUCAAGGGUCAGACGGAGGUGGAGGACGAUGGGGGCAUCCGGUGUUUCCUCCCUCCUGUGGCUCCCCCUGCUGGGCUUCAUGUCGGUGGUGUCGGCCCUCAACCCGGAUGACCCCAAUGUCUGCAGCCACUGGGAGAGCUAUGCUGUUACGGUGCAGGAAUCGUACGCUCAUCCAUUCGACCAGGUUUACUACACCCGCUGCACCGACAUCCUCAACUGGUUCAAGUGCACCAGACACAGGAUCAGCUAUAAAACGGCGUACAGACGAGGAGUUAGAACAAUGUACCGACGACGUUCUCAGUGCUGCCCAGGAUUCUACGAGAGUGGAGACCUCUGUGUCCCAUUGUGUACUGAAGAAUGUGCUCAUGGACGUUGUGUUUCUCCUGAUACCUGCCAGUGUGAGCCCGGCUGGGGAGGCCUGGACUGCUCUAGUGGCUGUGAAAGCGACUUCUGGGGUCCUCACUGCAGUAACCGCUGUCAGUGUCGUAACGGAGCUAAAUGCAACCCGAUAACGGGCGCCUGCGUCUGCACCGACGGCUUCCAGGGCUGGCGCUGCGAGGAACCCUGCGAUCCCAACUUCUACGGGAAGGACUGUCUGCUGGAGUGUCAGUGCCUCAACGGCGCCACCUGCCAGCACCAGACCGGAGAGUGUCUCUGUGCUCCAGGAUACACCGGAGUCUUCUGUGAAGAACCGUGUCCUCCUGGAAAACAUGGUUCUCUGUGUGAACAGCGAUGUCCCUGUCAGAACGGAGGAACCUGCCAUCACGUCACCGGAGAGUGUUCCUGCCCCGCUGGAUGGGUGGGUCCGGUCUGCGCCCAGCCGUGUCCGUUCGGAUCUUUCGGUAUCAACUGUUCUGAGGACUGUUUGUGUCGUAACGGUGGUCUCUGCGAUCACAUCAGCGGUCAGUGCCAGUGCACCGCCGGCUACAUCGGAGAGAGGUGUCAGGAGGAGUGUCCGGUCGGGACUUAUGGACCUCAGUGUGCUCAUAAGUGUGACUGUCAGAACGGAGCGAAAUGCUACCACAUCAACGGAGCCUGUCUCUGCAACGAGGGCUUCAAAGGUCCCAGCUGUCAGGACCGCUUCUGCCCAGCAGGACUCUACGGACUGAUCUGUGACAAAUACUGUCCCUGUAAGACCACCUCCACCCUCAGCUGCCAUCCUCUUUCAGGUGAAUGCACCUGUGCAGCUGGGUGGGCGGGGCUUUACUGCAACGAGACCUGUCCGUCAGGUUACUACGGCGACGGCUGCAAGGAGACGUGUAACUGCAUGAACGGAGCCGACUGCGACGGCGUGACUGGAGCGUGUACCUGCGCACCUGGAUACAUAGGCGACGACUGCUCCAUCAGCUGCCCUUCAGGCCUCUUCGGGACCAACUGCACCUCGUCGUGUUCGUGCCACAACGAGAUCUCCUGCUCCCACAUCGACGGAUCCUGCAUCUGCAAAGAAGGCUUCCAGGGCGUAGACUGCUCCAUCCCGUGCUCCAGUGGAUUCUGGGGUCUGAACUGUAACCAGACGUGUCGCUGCAGCAACGACGCUUCCUGUGAUCCAGUUAACGGGAGCUGCAGCUGCUCAGCCGGAUGGAGGGAGGAAUACUGCGACGUUCCCUGUCCGGAGGGAUUUUUCGGUCUGGACUGCAGAGAACGCUGCGACUGUCUGAACUCUGACGGCUGCGACCCGGUGACCGGAUUCUGUCGCUGUCUGGCUGGUUGGACCGGCGUCCACUGCGACAGCGUUUGUCCAGAGGGCCGCUGGGGACCGAACUGUUCCUACAGCUGCACCUGUGAGAACGGAGGAUCCUGCUCACCUGAGGACGGCAGCUGUGUCUGCACACCUGGAUACCGAGGCACCAACUGCAGGAGAGCUUGUUCUCCAGGGUUCUUCGGCCAGCGCUGCAGCCAGUCGUGUCCUCAGUGCAUCCACAGCGACGGUCCAUGUCACCACGUCACCGGACACUGUGAAUGUCUGUCCGGGUUCUACGGGUCGCUGUGCAACCAAGUGUGUCCCAGUGGGAAGUUCGGUAAAGCCUGCAGCCAGUCGUGUUCCUGCACCAACAACGGAACCUGUAACCCCAUCGAUGGUUCCUGUCAGUGUUACCCCGGAUGGGUCGGAGACGACUGUUCCAGACCGUGUUCUCAGGGCUCCUGGGGUCCAGACUGCAUCCACACGUGUAACUGUCACAACGGAGCUCAGUGCAGCGCUGCAGACGGAGAAUGUAGCUGCAGCCCUGGAUGGACCGGACUGUACUGUACCCAACGUUGUCCGACGGGUUUCUUCGGUUCUCAGUGCUCUGAAGUGUGUCGCUGUCAGAACGGAGCCGACUGUGAUCACAUCAGCGGUCAGUGUUCCUGCAGAACCGGAUUCAUCGGACCCAGCUGUGAGCUCAAGUGCCCUGCCGGUUCGUUCGGUUACGGCUGCCAGCAGCUCUGUGAAUGUCUGAAUAACGCCACCUGUGACUACGUUACUGGAACCUGCUACUGCAGCAUCGGCUUCAAGGGGAUCCGCUGUGAUCAGGCCGCCCUGAUGAUGGAGGAGCUGAACCCGUACACUAAGAUCAGUCCAGCUCUGGUGUCGGAGCGUCAGUCGGCCGGCGCCGUCCUCGGCAUCGUCUUCCUGCUGCUGCUCAUCGUGGCCAUGCUGGCUCUGGUGGUCUGGUUCCGCUACCGGCAGCGGGAGAAGGGAGGCCACGUUCCCAACGUCACCUACACCCCGGCCCUGCACAUCAACUCCACCGACUACUCCCUGUCAGGUCUCCAGCGUUCAGGCCUCCUCUCCUCAGAGGAAUCUUCUCCCAGCAGCUGCUUCUCCAACCCCAGUUACAGAACUCUGGGUCCCUGCAGCUACUCGGCUCAUUACGCCAAACCGGACAAGAAGAGCAGCAAGAUGAAGGUGAAGAAGCGCCACAGGAACAGCGCUCCAGAGUGGGGAGCUUACUGUAACCUCAGCGACAUGGGAGUUUAUUGCAUCGACCGGCGCUACAGCUACCACCUGGAGCCUCGCUACAGAGACUACAUGAAGGGCUCGCUGUCCAGCACCUGCUCCCUGAACAGUGAGAAUCCCUACGCCACCAUCAACGACCCCCCGGCGCUCUGCAAACACUCGGAGAGCAGCUACGUGGAGAUGAAGUCUCCGGCUCGACACGAACACGUGACGCACUGCUGCUCGGCCGCCGCCAUCAUCACCACGACGACCAGCACCACGGCGCCCGCCAAGAACGUCUACGACAUGGAACCCACCAUCAGCAUCGUGCAGGGUUCUGGUACCGUCGUGGUUCCUGGUUACCCUCAGAACCCGUACGACCUGCCCAGGAACAGCCACAUCCCGAGUCACUACGACCUGCUGCCGGUCCGUCCGAGUCCCUCCCACAGCCAGAGUCCCCCCCUGCCCGGCAGCCCCACCAGCUCGCUGCUGUAGACCCACCCAGAGCUCCCAGUUCACCCAGAGCUCCCAGUGUGAUGUGAGUGCAGGUGGAUGUUGAGAGGAUGAAGGACUCUAAUUUAUUUUGACGUGCAGACCUCAGACUGCUGCACUCUGAUCUUUUAUCUCUGUAUAAUAUCCGAACAGUCGACAUAUUUGCGUUGUUUUGUAAAUUCCCCUCCGUCGGCUGUGUGGAGGGAAACUACCAGAACAUAUGCACACAGGAGGACUUCCUUCUCCAGCUCAGGAGGCGGCGAUUCGAGGACGUCAGGAGAAAAAAAACUCACCCAUUCCUGUAAAUUUACAGUAAAAAUGCGAGCCAAAGACUGAGGCCCGCUUCACCACUGGACCCGACACCGGAGCACCUGACGGGUAUUAAGGUUUGGACUCAGACGUCCGGACAGAAAAGGUGCUCGUUGUGAAGAAAACCUGCAGAAACGCACACAAACUGCAGAUUUACACUACCUGUACACUUCUAGUAUUUUUACACAUCGUUUCUUAUUUCUAGUUUACAUAUUCAGAGAUCCGGCCGGGUCCAAUGUUUUCUCUUUUCUAUGUCCUGUAGACGGAGUGCUGUAUUGGCUUCCUGUACACUAGUGUUGUUGUUGUUGUGGUUCUCCUUUGUUGUGUCGAGCUUAAUACACACCUGCAUGCCAAAGACUAUCCCAGAUACGAUAGCGCUAGCCAGAAUUACCCUGAUUUCUGUUUGGCUCUUUUCGGGAUCAGAUGACAACUGUCCUUUUGGUGCAAACUGAUUAUUGUCGUGGAAACGGCGUUUUCAAAAUAUGCACUGAUGUGUUUGUCGCCAUAAGGUCAGAAAUGGAAGAUCCUCAUAGAAGACGGCCAGAAGAUUUCUGCAGAUAUGUUCAGUUUAGCUCCUCCUCAGAACCAGGACUUUAGUUCCCGGCAGUAUACAACAAACGUCACCGAUUCUAAACUGUACUCCUUGCAGUAAUUAGAUUACUUCUAAGUUGAACAGUAGCACUGGAAAAAAGGCCCCUGUCAAAACAAGAAAAAAAAUCUGCCAGUAGAACAAGUGAAAAUGGUCUGUAUUUAUAUAGCGCUUUUACUAUACCUGCAAGGUACCCAAAGCGCUUUACAUGAUAUUUCACAUUCACACACUGAUGGUGGAAGCUGCCAUGCAAGGCGCUAACCACCACCCACCAGGAGCAAUUAGGGGUUAGGUGUCGUGCUCAGGGACAGUUGGACAUGAGCAUGACAGGCUGAGGAUUGAACCGGCAACCCUCCGGUUGUAAGACGACCACUGUACCCACUGAGCCAUGCCGCCCCACAUGCCAAAAAAUGUCUUGGUAAGAUUUCUUGAAAUAAGAUGUGAUAUUUAGAAUCUUGAGAUCUUAUAAUGACCACAAAAACACGCAAAAUGACCAGAAAUUAUCACAGAGACACAAAAUAACCCCAAAGGCACGUAAAACGACCUCAGAGUCCUUCACUGUCAAGACUAUGCAUCCACUGCGGUCGUCCUGGUCAGGUUUUCCCCAAACAUCUGACCAAAGAAUGUUCUCCAGCAUCCAUCAGGCUUCUUUAAAUGUUCUUUUUGAAGAUAUUUUACUGUCCGUGGAGUCAUUAUAGGAGCUGUGAUUAGCAGUACUAUGACUCCUUCUAGUUGCUCACUGAUCUUCCUGGAUCUUUUUCCAUCUUUGUCCAGUCUCUCAGUCAGAUUUUUCUCUUCCUCUGUUCAGUUCUCUUCCAUGUGGAGCCACGAUGCAGACUUAGACCCAGUCCAUAGGUGCAGGACUGAGAACGUUCUGCUGUUCACUUUGAUUGUUCAUGAGAGGAAAUGUUCUACUGUUCCACUUAGAAAUUAUGCGAUCAGUAAGAGAGGAUUUAAGUUAGAAUCAUUUGACAUUUAAGUGACUUUGCACCGGGGUGUCCUCACUGAUGUUGUAUACUGUAAAUAAUAUAUAGAAUAGAGAUAAUAACUUGACAUCCUGCUUUAUUUUACAAUCACAUGCCAGUCAGUUCUGUUAAAAACAGUAACAGACAGAAAGUAUUGAGACUUAUUUUAUACACUUUAGUGUUGUAGAUUUAAUUUUAAAUGAAAUAUAUAUAUAUAUAUAUAUAUAUAUAUAUAUAUAUAUAUAUAUCACACAAAUCUACACUCAGUAACCCAGACUCUCAAAGCAAAGACCCAGAAAUGUCAGACAGUUUUUUAAUUUAAUUAUUUUAAAGUUUUAUUUCCAACACUAUAAAGUGUCCUGGAGUCUGAAUACUUCCUGAAGCAACUGUGACGGUUCAUUGUUGGUAAAUAGCAAUAACAGGACAUGUUGACAAUCAGAUGUUUCCCGUGUGUUUGUUUCCUCCUUUAGCUCCAUCUGCUGUGACUUUAUCUUACUUGUGUGUCAUUUCUUCAUCUUUGCUAAUAGUUUGAGCUUCAGUAGAUGUGUUGAGUGCUGCUUGUUGUUUUUUGGUUCGCGCUCUAAACUGAAUAAAGUUGUCACAGCUCA